AUGACCGGCGCGCCGGUCCACGCGAUGGGCACCUGCGGCACUGCCUCUAGACCUCUGCAUCCCGGCCCCACGCCACAGGAGCCGCGGCCGGCCCUCCACAUCCCAGCCCUACGCCGCAGGAUCCGUGGUGGCCGUGGGCUUCGAAGCGGGGAUUUGGCGUUCAGUUCAAGACACUGGGAUAUGCAUGUUGAACUCAAUGUAAUUUUUUUUGACACUUAUGUGGCUUCAGUGUCGCUCAUUGAUUACUGUGAUGGACACAGCAAGAUUAUCUUGAUGUAUGAGUACGUGGAGAAAGGAACUACCGGAGACAAGCUGACUGACAAAUCAGACGUGUACUCUUUUGGUGUGGUCCUGCUCGAGGUGAUUUGUGCGAGUUCAGUUAGCGACCUGACUCUUCCAAGGGACAUGAUUAACCUUGCGGAGUCAGCUAUCGAGUGGCAAAAGAGGGGAGAGCUUGAUCAGAUUAUCAACCCGCGCAUCACUGGGACAAUCAGGCUUCAAGCACUGAGGAAGUGUCCUACUAUGGGGGAUGUGCUGUGGAACCUGGAGUUUGUGCUGCAGCUGCACGAGGCAGGUCCAGACAUGUCCAACAUUGACCGUAUGAACCAGAUCUCCGAACUCCAUUCAAAUGCAAAGAGAGCAAGCUCCUUGGGUAUCAAGUAUCAACACUAUAGAUAUGUUGACGAGUAA